AACAAGAAGGUCGUUUGGAAGAGGCUUCUUGAGGAUAGAUACGCAGAGCACUUGCAGCAACUGCGUAAUGAGGUUACUCCGCAGAACUGGUUGCAAUAAUCUCUCGAUAACAGGGCCUUUGAAGCUCAACUGAUGGAAUGUACAUUUAAGCCCCGUAUAAACGAGAUACUCCGGACAGAUAGAGAUAAUCGAGAGGACAAGCUGCAACAGCAGCAGCUGGGAUCUCGUUUCGACCAAUUAUUUUGGGAUGCCGAAAUUCGACGCAGGAGACAAGCAGAAUACACGCAAUGGUAUCCGGAAGGAGUAACAUUUCGUCCUAGCAUUAGUAAAAGCCAACGGAGUCAUCCGGACACGCAUGAGCGAGAACCAGGAAGAUCUGUUUUUGAUAGGCUGCUGGAAUAUGCAGAAAGAACAAAUCUUUUAAAGCAGAAGCUUUUGGACGAGUUUUCCAAGCCGAUUGAUCCCUCAACUGGACAAGAGCUCUUCACUCCUAUCACGGGGCGCAAGCCUCAAGUUGAGAGGAAUGCGUCUUUUCUUCCUAUUGGGGAGUUUUUGUACCAGAUGUAUUUUGAUCUUGACCACAAAAAGCAAGCCAAGUUUGAAAAGAGCUUGCAGCAGACCAAGAUCAAAACUCUGGAGUACGUAUUGCCCAGGUCCAUCGAUAUUCUGAAGGAGCUGGAAAAGCGAAGCUUUCGCCAGAUAUUUGACUAUCUCGACACCAAUAAGAGUGGUAUUGUUAACUUGGAAACGGUUGUGACGGAGGCUUUAAUGGAUGAUGUUAUUGAGGACAUCGAGGAUAUGAAAAAGUCUGGCAGCCCAGUGACUUCACUAAAUUACGAGGGAUUUGUGCAAAUGCUUAUGCCGAUUCGAAAAGCUAAGAGGAGAGGUGUUCAUCUAGUCCUCAAAACAAGAAGGAUCGAUGACCCUUUCAAGACCUUUACUUUCCGGUUUAGAAUGAGCCCUUACUCUCGAGCGCUGGCAAUCAAGAGACGGAAAUACAAAGGCACGACUAAUUGGUACAAAAUCCUCUGCCAAGAGAAAGGAAGACGCGCCACGAGGAUGGAAGAUCUUCAAAAGGAUUUGCAACAAGUUGCAAUGCGGGAGUGCACAUUCAAGCCCGUAAUUCACAGCAAACGGGGCAAGAGCAUCGUCAAGAUGCGUAUCACUGGGGGAGGAGGAGACGUCGACAAGGAGGAGGAACAGCAAGAAGUUCACGGCUUCAUUUUCAAAGAGAAUGCAUUUAUUCCAGGUAGAUUUGUGAGUUGAGCGGCAGCACUACACAAUUUUGUGGACCUUUGGUUUGUAAAUUUUCUGAUUUUGUGGAUUCUAUCUUUGCUACCACAACGCUAA